AUGGUAACGUUAGCUGGAAUGGAGAGAACUUCAUCUGAAUCAUGGGGAACAUUUUUGGGAAAUUUGUUGAAGAGCCUCAUAGGGAAGAAGGAGAUGAGGAUCUUGAUAGGUGGGGCUCGAUGCUGCUGGAAAACAACAAUCCUCUACAAACUCAAACUGGGGGAAAUAGUCACAACCAUCCCAACCAUUGGGUUUAACGUGGAGACGGUGGAGUACAAGAACAUCAGUUUCACUGUGUGGGAUGUGGGUGGGCAGGAGAUUCGCCCCCUCUGGAGACACUACUUUCAGAACACACAGGGUCUAAUCUUUGUGGUGGACAGUAACGACAGAGAACGUGUGAACGAAGCCCGAGAGGAGCUGAUGAGGAUGCUGGCUGAGGACGAACUGAGAGAUGCGGUCCUCCUCAUUUUUGCCAACAAACAGGACUUACCGAACGCCAUGAAUGCUGCCGAGAUCACAGACAAGUUGGGCUUACACUCCCUGCGUCACCGUAACUGGUACAUCCAGGCCACCUGCGCCACCAGUGGCGACGGCCUCUAUGAGGGUCUCGAUUGGCUGGCCAAUCAACUCAAGAACAAGAAGUGA